AUUACCAAAAUCACGAAUACGCGGUUUAAAGUCCCAAUUCAUUCGCUAUCUAGUGUUACGACGCGUGAAACUACUACGGACUACAUUUCCCAGGAAGCCACGCGGGAAGCUGCUUGUGGGUGUCGUCAGCCAGGCACCGGUGGCGUGGGUCUCCCUUGUCAAUCUGGAAACUAUUUCUACUGUGUCUUCUGUCCAAACGAUAGAAUAGUUACCGGCUCGUGAUUUGGGUCAAAAUGACGGAGCGGAAAGGAACAGCGAAGUUGGACUAUUUGAGAAAGAUUGAACAAGAGAUUCAGGAGAAAUGGCAGAAGGAGAAAGCGUUUGAGCUUGAUGCACCAACAACCAUCGGGGAAAGUACAAACAAAAACAAGUACUUUGUCACCUUCCCUUACCCUUACAUGAAUGGCCGAUUGCACCUUGGCCACACGUUCAGCUUGUCAAAGUGUGAGUUUGCUGUUGGUUACCAGUCUCUGAAAGGAAAGAAAUGCCUCUUCCCAUUUGGGCUGCACUGCACAGGAAUGCCAAUCAAGGCCUGUGCAGACAAGCUAAAGAGAGAGAUGGAGCUGUAUGGAAACCCUCCGCAGUUUCCGGAUGAGGAUGAGGAGGAGAAAGAGAAGGAGAAGACGUCAGAUGAAAUCAUCAUCAAGGACAAAUCCAAGGGCAAGAAGAGUAAAGCAGCAGCCAAGACUGGAACUGCCACUUUCCAGUGGGACAUUAUGAAGUCUUUGGGCCUGAAUGACCAAGAGAUUGCCAAGUUUGCCAGUGCUGAACACUGGCUGGAGUACUUUCCUCCUCUGGCUGUGAGAGACCUCACAAAGAUGGGAGUCAAGGUGGACUGGAGGCGUUCAUUCAUCACCACAGAUGUGAACCCUUUCUAUGACUCCUUCGUCAGAUGGCAGUUCAUCACGCUGAAGGAGAGAAAAAAGAUCAAGUUUGGCAAAAGGUAUACCAUCUAUUCCCCCAAGGAUGGACAGCCAUGCAUGGACCAUGACAGGCAGACAGGAGAGGGAGUUGGACCUCAGGAGUACACACUCAUCAAGAUGAAAAUUGUUGAACCGUACACAGCAAAAUUCAAGUCCAAGGUCUUUUAUAGCAGCGGCAUGAAAGGCAAAAACAUCUUCCUGGUUGCUGCCACUCUGAGACCAGAGACCAUGUUCGGUCAGACCAACUGCUGGGUGAGGCCCGACAUGAAGUACGUCGCCUUUGAGACGGCCAGCGGAGACGUCUUCAUCAGCACCAGCAGGUCUGCCAGGAACAUGUCCUACCAGGGCUUCACCAAAGAGAAUGGAGUGGUGCCAGUGAUCAUGGAAAUACUGGGACAGGAUGUCCUUGGCUGUGCCCUGAGUGCUCCUCUGACCUCCUAUAAGAUCAUCUACGCUCUGCCCAUGCUCACCAUCAAGGAGGACAAAGGUACGGGGGUCGUUACCAGCGUGCCCUCUGAUGCUCCUGAUGACAUCGCUGCUCUCAGAGACAUCAAGAAAAAACAGGCUCUCAGGGAAAAGUAUGGAAUUGAGGACAAGAUGGUGUUGCCUUUCGAGCCGGUCCCAAUCAUAGAGAUCCCAGGCUUCGGGAACCUAUCUGCACCUCUGGUGUGCGAUGAGCUGAAGAUCGUGAGCCAGAAUGACAAGGAGAAGCUGGCGGAGGCCAAAGAGAAAGUCUACCUGAAGGGAUUUUACGAAGGGAUCAUGCUGGUUGAUGGCUACAAGGGGCAGAAGGUCCAGGAUGUCAAAAAACCUAUUCAGAAGAUGAUGGUUGAGAGGGGCGAGGCCAUGAUCUACAUGGAGCCAGAAAAACAGGUCAUGUCACGUUCGGCUGAUGAGUGUGUGGUUGCUCUGUGUGACCAGUGGUAUUUGGACUAUGGGGAUGCAGAGUGGAAGCGUCAGGCCAAUGAAGCCCUCAAGUCUUUGGAGACAUUUUGCGACGAGACCAGGAGAAACUUUGAAGCAACUUUGGCCUGGCUGCAGGAGCACGCCUGCUCUCGUACAUAUGGACUUGGAACGCGGCUGCCUUGGGACGAGCAGUGGCUGAUUGAGUCACUAUCGGACUCCACCAUCUACAUGGCUUACUACACUGUAGCCCACCUCCUCCAGGGGGGUGUGCUCAACGGACAGGGAGCCUCACCACUGGGCAUCAAACCACAGCAGAUGACCAGAGAGGUCUGGGACUUCAUCUUCUUUAAGACAUCUCCUUUCCCCAAGACAGACAUCCCUAAAGAGCAUCUGCAGAGGCUGAGACGGGAGUUUGAGUACUGGUACCCUGUGGACGUCCGUGUGUCUGGCAAAGACCUGGUGCCCAACCACCUCUCUUACUACCUGUACAACCAUGUGGCUAUUUGGCCCAAAGACAGUGGAAAGUGGCCACAGGCAGUACGAGCCAACGGACAUCUGCUCCUCAACUCUGAGAAGAUGUCCAAAUCAACUGGAAACUUCCUCACUCUCACUCAAGCCAUUGACAAGUUCUCAGCAGACGGUAUGCGUCUGGCUCUCGCCGACGCCGGGGACACGGUGGAGGACGCCAACUUCGUCGAGACCAUGGCCGACGCCGGCAUCCUGCGCCUCUACACCUGGGUGGAGUGGGUGAAGGAGAUGAUCGCCAACCAGAACAAUCUGAGGACAGGACCUGCAGACACCUUCAACGAUCGGGUCUUUGCCAGCGAGAUGAAUGCAGGCAUCUUAAAGACAGAGCAGCACUAUGACAGGAUGAUGUACAAGGAGGCUCUGAAGACCGGCUUCUUUGAGUUCCAGGCAGCCAAAGAUAAGUAUCGUGAGCUGGCUAUUGAGGGAAUGCACAGAGACCUCGUCUUCCAGUUCAUAGAGAGACAAACUCUGCUGCUGGCUCCCAUCUGCCCACACCUUUGUGAAUACACCUGGGGUCUGCUGGGCAAGACCGGUUCAGUGACCAAGGCUUCGUGGCCCGUGGCCGGUCCAGUUGACGAGAUCCUGAUCCGAUCCUCUCAGUACGUGAUGGAGACGGCACACGACCUCCGGCUGAGAUUCAAAGCGUACAUGCAGCCGCCCAAAAGCAAAAAAGGUGACUCAAAACCUCCAGCCAAGCCCUCCCACUGCGUCAUCUACGUUGCCAAGAGCUACCCUCCGUGGCAGCACAGCGCCUUGUCCCUGCUCGGAAAGCACUACAAAAGCAACAACGGGACUCUUCCGGACAACAAAGUGAUCGCGAGUGAGCUGGGAGCCCUGCCUGAGCUGAAGAAGUACAUGAAGAGAGUCAUGCCUUUCGUAGCCAUGAUCAAGGAGAACCUGGAGAAGAAUGGACCCAGGGUCUUGGAUCUGGAAGUGGAGUUUGAUGAGCGGGCAGUUCUGAUGGAGAACCUGGUCUACUUAACCAACUCUCUAGAGUUGGAACAGAUCGACGUCCUGUUUGCGUCUGAGGCUGACGACAAAGUGAAGGAGGACUGUUGCCCAGGGAAACCGUUCUGUGUUUUCAGAUCCGAGCCCGGAGUGUGUGUUUCCCUGGUCAACCCUCAGCCAUCCAACGGCCUGUUUUCUACAAAGGUCGAUAUCCGACAGGGGGACAGUAAGGACAGCGUCGUCCGCAGGCUAGGCAAGGUCAACAGACUCAUCAAAGAUCUGUCCAGAGUGAAGCUGAUGAGGUACGAGGACCCCGUGCUGGGCCCUCGCCGGGUGCCCGUCCUGGGGAUGGAAGAGCAGGGCAAGCUGCCCAUCUCCAACAAAUCUGUGUUCAGCAUCAGUCUGGAGGAGAAGAGGGUCACUCUGGCUGACAAUGGCCUCACUGUGGACAUCGGGGACACUCUGGUUUAUCUGGUUCAAUAGAGUAACAGUCACUCUCUCUCAUAUACACACAGGCAGUUGGGGGCGCAUUCAGCAGUGAAUCGUUUAUGAAAGGUUGACAUGUUACAGUAAAAUGGGUCAUCUUGACUCAAAGCCAUAAAAAGACUCAAAAGUAUCUCUAUGUUUUUAUUAUGUAUUUUUCUGUACCGCACCAUUUGCCACAGCACACGGUGUUAACAUUUGACAGAUAUGAUGUUUUUGCGCCUUUUCACUGCUGAAUGCAACCUAAGUGGGAAAUCUGAAAUUAAUGGGACCUGAACGUUUGCUUCCAUCUUCCACACACAGAUUAUCGGGUCAGGUUCUUUUCAGUGGUGUAAAAUAAAACUCUGAAACCUUCCCUUUGGAUUUGGUACGGGAGGAUCACACAAGAAUUUCUAUUCUGUUCCAUCUUUUCACCGUCUCUAGUUUAAAACUGAAUCUUGUAAUUUUUCCUUUUUCCUUUCUGCCAUGUCACACAGUAAAUUAGCAAUUAUCUGUAUAAUGAAGCUUUUGAAUAAAGUUUUUCAUUGGAAGCAGCAAACGGAUGUCUACCACCACUUUUUUUUUAUGUGAAUACAUUGUGUGACUGCUCCUGCACCCUCCUGAGAGCCUGUUGUUUCAUAUAGAUGGUAAUGUGUCUGCUGUGUUGUUUUAUACAUCGGGUGAGGCGUAUCGCUCCCUCAUGCUUUGUCGGCCUGUCAGACAGCUUUCCUAUUUUCAAGCUGUGGACGGAGCUUGUCUGACUUUCUUGGUGCUUUUCCAGAGAAAUAAUAAAAUCUAUGAAAUA